AUGGCUGACGCGGGCCAAGCUCAGCAGACUCCCGAGCCCGACGAGGUCAUCGAGGCACAAGAGUUCGAAUCAGAUGCGUCUUCGACCAGUGGCACGGUAAGUUUCAAAUUCUCCACAUUCUCCCGCUUGAGGAAGUCUACUGCAAAUAUCUUGCAGCAAAAUUUCGCAGCUCUGUCCGUCCACACUGAUACAGACACCCUGAGAACGAGUAUCCGUGAUUACCGCAGGGAAAACGGGCGCACGUAUCACAGUCUCAGUGAUGGGACAUACAUCCUCCCAAACGAUGCCAGAGAACAAGACCGUUUAGGUGAGCCAGUCUUUCUCUUCUACCUUACCCGGCGGGCAUGGUUCUCGUCAGAAAAAAGGCGAUCCACCGGGAGACUUCGGGCAUUGGCUAACAUGUCCGUCCUCGAAACAAUAGACUUCCAGCAUCACUUUUGGACGCUGACGUGGGAUGGCAAACUCUGCAUGUGUCCCAAGAACCAGGGCGCCAACCGUGUUUUGGAUAUUGGAACCGGAACUGGUAUUUGGGCUGAAGAAUAUGCGGAUAAACACUCAGCAGCAGUGGUCAUUGGCGUGGAUUUGAGUCCUAUUCAGCCUGAAUUCGUCCCGCCGAACUGCAAGUUCGAAGUCGACGAUGUGGAGAAAGAGUGGACGUGGCAGGAGCCUUUCGACUUCAUCUUUGCAAGACACAUGAACGCAUGCUUCGAGAGCUGGGAACGGUUCCUUCGUCGUGCUUACGACGCCCUAGAACCAGGCGGCUUCAUCGAGCUCCAAGACAACGCCUUCCCCAUCCUCUGCCAAGACGGCACCCUCAAGCCCGACGACCCGAUGGCGCGCUGGUCGAGCCUCAUGAUGGAGGGCACCGAGCUCAUCGGCCGCCCCAUCACCGUGCCCGCCCGCUUCCGCUCCAUGCUCAGCGAGGCCGGCUUCGUCGACGUCGUCGAGCACAAGCGCGUGUGGCCCACGAGCCCGUGGCCGCUGAACCCUGAGCUGCAGGAGCUCGGCGUCUGGGGCCGGGCGUGCAGUCUCGAGGGCAUCGAGCCGGGCGCCAUGGCGCUGUUUACGCGGGUGUUGGGUUGGACGAGGGAGGAGGUUGUGGUUUUCAUGGCGGGGGUGAGGGAUGAUUUUAAGAAUACUAAUAUUCAUGGGUUCUGGAACGUGUACUCCGUGUACGGAAUGAAGCCCUAUGAGGAGCCCGGCCAGGAGUAA